GUUCCCGACGCUGAGUUCUUGCUUUUGCUGUUUGUACUCUGGGUAAAAGAGAAAGUUGCAGCCACAAAAUCGCAUCCGACAAUGCCGAAGCAAAUCCAUGAGAUUAAGGACUUCCUUCUGACUGCGAGAAGGAAGGAUGCUAGGUCUGUGAAGAUUAAGAGAAGCAAGGACAUCGUCAAGUUCAAGGUCAGAUGCUCAAGGUACCUCUACACACUAUGUGUCUUCGACCAAGAGAAGGCUGAUAAGUUGAAGCAAUCUCUUCCUCCGGGUUUGAGUGUGCAAGACCUUUGAAGAGCUAUUGAAAUCAGGAUCUGUUACCACCAGUGUUUGAAGUUUUAUACACCCUUCUCUUAGAAGAUUUUGUUUUUCUCUCUGCUGUGUUUUGGAAUUAUCAUGGUUCAGACUUCCCUUGAGUUUCUUUGUUAUAACUUGAAGACUAUUUAUGAGAAUGGAUUUGUAUUUUGCUAUCGACGACAUGGUUUAGUAAUCUAUAUGCCUCCCAAA